UAACCUCAUUUAUUGUUUAUGAAAGAUGUCUAUGUCUGAUGACUUAUUUGAAUUUUUACAUUCAGAGGUAAUUAAUUAUUCAAUUCAGCGAAAUGAAAUUAAGAAAAAGGAAAGCAAGGAUGAUGACUUAUCAAACAUAGAGUUUAUUGGAUUUUCUACAGGCUUUAAAGUAAUAGAAAGGUUGACUAAAGAAAUGCCUAGGUUUAAGGAUGAACUGGACACGAUGAAAUUUAUAUGUACUGACUUCUGGUCAGCCAUUUAUAAAAAACAGAUAGACAAUUUAAGAACAAAUCACCAAGGUGUUUACGUUUUACAAGACAAUGCAUUCCGUUUUCUAAUUAAAAUAUCUAAUGGCAAGCAAUAUUUGGAAUAUGCUCCACGUUAUGUGGCAUUUACAUGUGGGGUAAUCAGAGGUGGGCUGGCAAAUCUGGGAAUCAAUUGUCUUGUAACUGCUGAAGUUCAAAACAUGCCCUCCUGCAAAUUUCACAUACAGGUUCAAAGAAUGUAAUUAUUACAAUAUUUAAAUUGGUAAGUGAAAAGUUAUAUAUUAAAAAUUGUUUUAUAUUUGAAGUUGUAUUGUUUAGGUAUAUCAGAAAAAUCACAUUGUUUUUUAAUUAUAUUGUAAACGUUUUUUUAAUAUAUGUUUAGAGUAG